CACCUGCAGAGCGGCUCUGGGCGUCUGAUGCUCCGGGAGGAGAAAAGAGGAGAAAAGAGGAGGAAGAGCAGAAAAACUCCGCAAAGUCCGGAUUUCAGCGCGAGCUCGGAGAAGAUCGAUCCGCACUGAUGGAGCCGCUCGGUUCCGCUCUGGUCUGCCUGCUGGCGCUGUCCACUGCAGUGUGUGGGUUGGAGAUCACCUCCACUGGACCGACCUCCAUAGAGAAGGCCAGCGGUGAGAGUGUGAAGCUGGACUGCCAGUUCACUCUGGCCACCGAGGACUCUGGACCGCUGGACAUCGAGUGGAGCCUCCAACCAUCUGACAACCAGAAAGAGGAGAAAGUGGUGAUCCUGUAUUCAGGUGAUCGAGCCUAUGAGAAUUACUAUCCUCCUCUGAAGGGCCGAGUUCACUUUAACUCUGCCGACCCGAAGAACGGCGACGCCUCCAUAAACCUGCUGAGUCUGGAAGCGUCCGACACGGGAACCUACCAGUGCAAAGUAAAGAAGGUUCCGGGCAUCCGCAGCAGGAAAGUCCUACUGACCGUUAUGGUGCGGCCCUCUAAGCCCAGGUGUUCUAUUGAGGGUUCUGCUCAGGUGGGCAAAGAUGUGGUUCUGAAGUGCAAGUCCUCUGAUGGAACGAGUCCUCUGCAGUACAUCUGGGACAAAACCAGCGGCAACAGACUGCUACCAGCUAACGCAGUACUGGAUUCUGCUGGGGGAACCGUCAGCAUCCGCAAUGCCACUGAGGCUGUUUCAGGAACGUACCGCUGUACUGCCAAAAACCGCGUAGGAACUGAUGAGUGUGUUCUAGAGCUCAACAUUACACAGCCUCCUAACACUGCUGGUGUGAUUGCCGGCUCGGUGAUCUGUGUGCUGCUGAUUCUUAUCCUCAUUGCGCUGAUCUUGUUCUGCUGCUGUCGAGCUCGUCACAAGAAGAAAUACGAAAAGGAGAUUUCCUACGAGAUCAGAGAGGACGUUCCCCCACCUAAAAGUCGGAUCUCCACGGCGAGGAGCUUCACCAGUGUGGGCAGCCAGCGUUCCUCUCUGGGCUCCAUGUCACCCUCCAACCUGCACGAGUACACCAAAGCCCAGUAUGACAAAAUCCCAUCUGAGGAGUACGAGAGGCCCCCAAGCCACGCCCCCCUACCCCCUAGCCUCGGCCCCAGCAGGAUGGCUGCACCCAAUCUGAGUCGCAUGGGGGCCGUUCCGGUCAUGAUCCCAGCGCAGAACAGGGACGGGUCCAUCGUGUAGGGUUUGGGGGCAGUUCCAGGGGGGGUGGGGGGGUGUGAGGGUGCAAUGCCAGUGUCACUAUGCCAGCCUGACUGUCCGGAGUGGCACUGACAGCACAAAGCUUCUCAAUAAAACACACUGUGAUCUUCCAGAACUUGAGCAGAUCUGGAGAAACCCUGAGAAAGAUCAUCGUCAUCCACUUAAAAGAUCAGUGAAGGUGGACUCACCGCGUUCGGUUCUGUAAAUAAUACGCAUGAUUUUUUAUUUUCAUUUUAUUUUCAUUUGUUACUUUGCUGGUCCCAUCUAGUGAGAGAUGUUCUAGCUGACUCGAGUCUAGAGGGACUCGGUUCUUCACCUGUGAAAAAUCUGAAGCAGUGAGAUGUGAAAUCAGAACUACAUUCCAAACACAAAAUGAUUUUAUUUGAAACCUUAUAAAGUCUCAUUUGCCCUGUUUGCUCUUUUAAAUCCCCCCCAAUUAAAAUGGUUUUAUAUGAAGGUUUGAAGGUCACUGCACACUCGGUUCCGUAGGUUCUGCUGUGAGAACAUUCAAAUCAACUGAAAAUUUACGGAGAAUUGUGUUUUUCCUUAAUUCCCAAAUGCUUCUCUGAUUUUCUAGUUUUACCUGUAGGUUCACCUGUAGGUUUACUUGUGAGCUGAUUGGUCACCUGUUCAUGGUUUGUGGUUAAUCGGAGGUCAUGUUGAGACUUACUGAGCGAUCUGAUUUGAUUGGGUUUGACUGCUCAGAUGUGGCCAGGCCAGACUAGCUGAUCCCUGGAGCCUCCGAUAAUGGCGCUGUUCUCAUUGAGAGCCUUAAAUGAAAGACUACCAUCAUUAUUGAAGUUUUUAUUUUCUCUGGUUCCACUGCUCUAGGCGAUGAAGGACCUGUUCUGUGGUUAAAUGAAGUGUUCGUAGGAAAUAUAAGUGAUAUAUGAGUGAUCUCUGUGGAGGCUGGAAUCAGCAUCGUGUCAGUUAUUCUAUUUAGAUGAUUCAUUAUGCUAAUGAACUUGUGUAGGAAUCUUUCUUGAGGUUCUGGUUCCUGUUCUAGGUCAGAGAAUCUCACUGCUCCCAUGGUCAGUGUAGAGUGACUGCGCGUUGCCGAACUCAUUCCUGGUGCCUUUUCUCCUCUCUGGCUUUAAUGAAGGUGUUUCACAGCACGUAUUUGUUCAGAGUUUAGUUACUGAUGAAUCUCCCUGACUCGAUCCUCAUCACGCUGAACAGAACAGGGGCGUAAACUGAUAGUGACACACGUAGAACCUGGUCUUGUGCUUUUUGGUAACUGCUGACUCGUACUGAUGAGAUCUUAAAUGGCUCAUAUCGUGGAAAACUGAACUUGCCUUACUUUUCUGAGAUAAGAGAUUAAUACAGGAUGGAAACAUUACAGUGUGCCAGUGUUUUGUUCACUCCAGCAGCCCGAUUUCAAUCCACUGUUUCUGUGAUGUCACAGAAACCAGCACAUUUUAUUUACAAAUACAUGCAGCAGUCUAGCCCCUGUGAAAGCCUGUGAGGAUAAAGAGAUUUAUUCUCUUUUUGGUUCAUAAAAUUACACAAAUGUCAUAAAUUGACUUUAUGGGUUAGGGUUUAUUACCUGCCUUUAAACGUGGGAUAUGAGCCCUUUAACAGGAGUCAGUCUGCGAUUGUUAAUACAGUCAGUGCGUCAGUCUGUUAUUGUUUUUCUUUUACACAGAAGCUUCUCUGCGUCUGUUUAUCCACAGUUUCUGUUUAACCUGCAAAUAAACAUAUUUACUGUCAUUUUUAACAGGAUAAACGAGUCUCUCCCAAAAUGCACUUUUCCAAAACACUUUUCCAACACACACACACACACACACACACACACACACACACACACACACUGCGGGGUGUUCCUGUGCAGUUCUGUGUUAUUACAGUGUAAUAAACAGCUGAUUACAGAUAGAAAUUAAACUCUUCAGAGAUUUAAUUAACUGUAGCUCUUCAGACAAAAACUAAUAAACUUUUUUCUUCUUCCAGUUUGGGUUUUUUGCACAUGUAUGUAAAAACUUCAGUUUCUGAUCUUUUGUUUGCUUUUUUGGUGACAUUUUUAAAUAAAAAGAACCAAAAUGACCCAAAA